AUGAAUACUGGUAAACCGUUAGUUUUCUGCUUGGAUAAAUCGAAUAAUUCGAAUUUAAAGCAAUGUCUUUACAACUUUACUCCUCGAUUUUUUACUGAUAGUAAAUAUCUUCUCAAAAGUAUUGUCGUCAAUGCCAAAGCAGAGUUCAUUGUAUCAGCGCUGAUCUUAACUGGAGAUUUUCAUACGAUUAAAGAUAUUCUUAAUAAUCCAAACAGUCAUUCGAUGAAAUCGUUUAUAUUUUGUCAAAAUCUCACUCGGCAAACAUACGAAUCGCUAAUGAAGGAGUCAAUCGAUCGUAUUAUUGGCCUCUUUACGACAAUUGAAGACUUAAAAGAUGCAUUAGAAGAUGUUCUAAUAAAACCAAUCGCUGAACGACAAUUGGUUCGUUUGAUCACCAACAAUUUAGAAUCGUAUUUAUGGUAUGAAUUUUUAAAGCAAACGGCAGCAAAAAUCGAUACCGUACCUCUGAAGCAACCAGUUGAUGUUGCAAAUAUUAACCGACAGAUUGAGUUCGAUCCAUUGUUGACUCUUUAUAAACUACGUUCAUCGAUUCGUGAUCUUGAACAACGAACGAGUGUGCAAAAGAAAGUUUUCUACGGUACAGUCGUCAAGAAAGAGUUAAUUGACGCGUUGGCAUCUAAUACGAAUAAUCUUAUGUCAUUUAAUUCAUUUGUACAUCUUCAAGCACAUACGCGACCGCUUGACGCACGUCGUCAAUCAUUGCAAUGUUGUUCACGUCGGUUCAACGAAGUAUCAGUUCUAUUCGAGCUCGAAUUAGCUGAUCAACCAACAUUUAAAAUCAUUCGGAUCUUCAAUUCGGCGAAUGAUAAAGAUCUUUGGGUUGUUCAAUUAGUUGGUACACACGAAUGUGUUAAAAUAUCGAAGCAAUUUUCUCGAACCAAACUUAUGACAAGUUCGUUAUUUCAAUGGGAACAACCAGAAAUUCUGUUCGGACAGAUUUUAGUUGCUAUGACUGAAAUUAACAAAGCGUAUAGUUAUUUUUUCGAUACUAUCAUUAAUCGAUAUGAUCAGCUAAGUAAAAUUUACACGAAUGUUCAUCGUUUAUGGAAGGAGGAACAGAAGUAUAACGAAGUAAUCGAUCUUAUCGCAACAGAAUUUCAACAAAUCAAGCCAUUGAAUGCAUUGAACAAAAACACGACAAAAAGGAAAGAAGAAACAACGUAUUUAGAAUCGGAAUUCGAUUCCACCUGGGAAACACCAAUUACAUUACAAGAUGAAAAGAAAAUCAAUGAUCUUCUACCACCCAUAUCCUAUCGAAUGGAUAAUGUUCUGUGCAAAUCAAAUACACCGCAACUAGCAUUACCAUCGUCAUCUUUAUCAACACCGAAACGAUGUUGUACAUUAUUUUGA